CAGAAAGGCAAUUGUGUUGAUGGCUUACAUGCAUUUUUCCUCCCUCGCCUGCAUUUCCCAUGGCGCCCGCUGUUGCGCUGAUUAAAAGGGGGACAUCUUAACUGUCAAUUUUUACUCUGUUGGUUUUAGAAAAGUAUUUUACGCUUGGUUUUAUUUUAUUUUAUUUCAUUUCCUUCUCAACCGGCCAUGACCGUGGAGCAGAAUGUCCUCCAGCAGCAUUCUCAGAAGCACCAACAGACACUACUGAACCAGCUGAGAGAGGUCACCGGAACCACAGAUGCCCAGCUCUUACAGCAGGCCCUGCAGGUCAGUAAUGGAGACCUUGCAGAGGCGGUGGCCUUUCUGACGGAGAAGAACGCCAAGGUGCCCCAGCAGGGUGAGACCACUUACUACCAGACGGCGCAGAUCGGGAAUGACAGAUACAUCAGCGUGGGCAGCCAGGCGGACACAAAUGUCAUAGAUCUGACUGGAGAUGACAAGGAUGACCUUCAGAGAGCAAUUGCACUCAGCCUGGAGGAGUCCAACCGGGCCUUCAGGGAGACGGGCAUCACGGACGAGGAGCAGGCCAUCAGCAGAGUCCUGGAGGCCAGCAUAGCAGAAAACAAGGCCAGCCUGAAGCGGACCCACACAGAGGUGUGGAGUGAUUCGCCCAACCCUCACGAGAGGAAGAGGCUGGAGAACUGCCCGGUUGGGCUAAAGAAUGUUGGCAACACAUGCUGGUUCAGUGCUGUCAUCCAGUCUCUCUUUAACCUGCUGGAGUUCCAGAGGCUGGUGCUGCACUACUCCCCGCCUUCGCGAGUACAGGACCUCCCACGCAACCAGAAGGAGCACAGGAACCUGCCCUUCAUGCAGGAGCUGAGGCACCUCUUCUCCCUGAUGGUGGGCUCCAAACGGAAGUACGUGGACCCAUCCCGGGCUGUGGAGAUUCUGAAGGACGCCUUCAAGUCCAGCGACUCUCAGCAGCAGGAUGUGAGUGAGUUCACCCACAAGCUGCUGGACUGGCUGGAGGACGCCUUCCAGAUGAAAGCUGAGGAGGACAGGGAGGGAGAAAAGCCAAAGAAUCCGAUGGUGGAGCUCUUCUACGGUCGCUUCUUGGCUGUGGGUGUCCUUGAAGGAAAGAAGUUUGAGAACUCUGAGAUGUUCGGUCAGUACCCUCUGCAGGUGAAUGGUUUUAAGGAUCUUCACGAAUGCUUGGAGGCAGCCAUGAUCGAGGGAGAGAUCGAGUCCCUACACUCCGAGAACUCGGCAAAGUCCGGACAGGAGCACUGGUUUACCGAGCUCCCACCCGUGUUGACGUUUGAGCUCUCUCGGUUCGAGUUCAAUCAGGCGCUGGGGCGACCCGAGAAGAUCCACAACAAGCUGGAGUUCCCUGCCAUGCUAUACAUGGACAGGUACAUGGACAGGAAUAGAGAUAUCACCAGAAUUAAGCGUGAGGAGAUCAGGAGGCUGAAGGAGCACCUGACAGUACUUCAGCAGCGGCUGGAGAGAUAUCUCAGCUAUGGUUCUGGUCCUAAGAGGUUCCCUCUGGCAGACGUGCUCCAGUAUGCCAUGGAGUUUGCCUCCAGCAAGCCUGUCUGCACCUCACCUGUGGAGGACAUUGACACAUCAGCACCACCUGGUGGCACAACGGCACAGCUGCAGCCAGCUCCAAGCACAGCCGACCAGGGCCCCUCGAGUUCCCCCGAGACCCCCGCCGUGGGCCCCCUGUCGCAGCAGCGGGUCUCCAUCCACAAGCCCUUCACACAGUCCCGCCUCCCGCCGGACCUUCCCAUGCACCCGGCGCCGCGCCACAUCACCGAGGAGGAGCUGCGGGUGCUGGAGGGCUGUCUGCACCGCUGGAGGAGCGAGGUGGAGAAUGACACCCGGGACCUGCAGGCGAGUAUCUCCAGGAUCCACAGAACCAUAGAGCUCAUGUACUCUGACAAGUCAAUGAUGCAGGUCCCAUACCGGCUGCAUGCGGUUCUGGUCCACGAGGGCCAGGCCAACGCCGGACACUACUGGGCCUACAUCUACAACCCGCACCACCGGCGCUGGAUGAAGUACAACGACAUCUCCGUCACCAAGUCGUCCUGGGAGGAGCUGAUGCGGGACUCCUUCGGGGGUUACAGGAACGCCAGCGCCUACUGCCUCAUGUACAUCAACGACAAAAAGCCCUUUUUGAUAGAAGAGGAGUUUGAUAAGGAGACGGGUCAGAUGCUGAGUGGGCUGGACAAGCUCCCACCGGACCUGAAGGAGUACGUGAAGGAGGACAACCAACUGUUCGAGAAGGAGCUGGAGGAGUGGGACGCCAUGCAGGCCCGCAAGGCCCAGCAGGAGAAGCUGGCGGCAGCAGCGGCUACGCUCUCCUCCCAGCCCAUGAGCACGGAGCCAAGCCCUCCAGAGAGUGCAGCCCCCCUGCAGGACCCAGAGUACAUGGAGCAGCCCUCCCCCACCGAUGACUCCAAGCACCUGAAGGAGGACAUGGAAAGGGCCAUCUCCAAGGCCGCAGCCGAGCAGGAGGAGAGGAGCCCGGAGGCCCUGCUAACCGCACGUACUUCUGACGGCACCCCCACAACAUCUCCCCCUCAGCCCACGGGUGUGGCCAGUCCCCCCGAAACCCCUCCCCCCAAUGACGUGGCGGAGGCGGCCACCCCCCCGGCCCCCUCCGCCCAGCGCAUAGUGGAGGUGGCCAUCCCCCAUGUGGGCACCUUCGUCAUUGAGACAGAGGAAGGGGGUUACGAUGACGAGGCAAUGCUGACCCCAAACAUGCAGGGCAUUAUAAUGGCCAUUGGCAAAGCCUCGAGUGUUUACGAGAAGAGUGGCCCCGAGGCGGCCUUCUUCAAGGCCAUAAAAGUAGAGUACACCCGCCUACUGCGAUUCGCCCAGGAGGACACCGCCCCCGAAAACGACUAUCGGCUUCAGCAUGUGAUCGUCUACUUCAUCCAGAACCAGGCUCCCAAGAAGAUCCUGGAGAGGACCCUCCUCAUGCAGUUUGCCGACCGAAACCUCGGCUUUGACGAACGAUGUAAGAACAUCAUGAAAGUCGCACGGCAAAAAUUAGAUCUUAUAAAGCCAGAUGAGGUGAACAUGGAAGAAUAUGAGAUGUGGCACCAGGACUACAGGAAUUUUAGAGAGACGACAAUCUACCUAAUGAUAGGCUUGGAGCUCUUCCAGAAGAGGAGCUACGUGGAGGCCUUGAUGUACCUGAUCUACUCCUAUCAGUACAACAAAGAGCUGCUCUCGAAAGGUCCUUACCGCGGGCAUGACGAAGAGCUGAUAGCCUAUUACCGGAGAGAGUGUCUGCUGAAACUGAACGAGCAUGCGGCGGCGCUGUUCGAGUCCGGGGAGGAGCCGGAGGUCAACAACGGCCUGAGCAUCAUGAACGAGCUGGUGGUGCCCUGCAUCCCCCUGCUGCUGGUGGACGAGACGGAGGAAAAGGACAUGGUGGCGGUGGAGGACAUGAGGAACCGCUGGUGCUCCUACCUGGGCCAAGAGAUGGAGGCCCAACUCCAGGAGAAGCUGACCGACUUCCUCCCCAAGCUGCUUGACUGCUCAACCGAGAUCAAAAGCUUCCACGACCCGCCCAAGCUGCCCUCCUACUCCACCCUGGAACUGUGCGAGCGCUUUAGCCGCGUCAUGACCUCCCUGAGCCGAACACCUGCUGACGGGAGAUGAGCUGCGCGCCUAUUCCCCACCCCUCCUCUUCACCCCC